CAUGGCCUCUCUUUCAUCAACCAUUCACCCAUUGUACGGCUUUCACCCUAUCGUCACCACCAGCUUCCAUGGCAUCACCGUAGAGCCUUCGUGCUCCCUUUAUCUUUUGCUCACCCUUCCACCUCUCGUUUUUGUGGAUCCUUAUGAGCUCGCCAACUACAAGGACUCUUACACAUUUCGCCAUGCAGGCCCGUCCAACCUGGAACUUCCUGUCUCUGCUAUUGGGCCAAGCAACUCACACGUACUCAUGAAUGUAUCGCGCCAAGCCAUAACGAAAGGUGCGGUCCAAAUACCGCUGCACCUGCGAUACGGCGAAGUCACCGUGUCCAUGGAUGAAUUCCAGGCGGUGGAUAUUUCUAAGCCAGAAGGAUACGUGAUUUGUGGUGCGUGUAUAGUGUCGAAACCAUGUCCAUGUCCUAAACUUCCUUCAGAGGGUUGCACUGAUUCCGAUGCUGAAUUGCAUAUACCUAAGGAAUUCACAGCGUUGUUUCAUCAGUCGAAUAUAUCACGUCUCUCGCCGUCACCUUCAUCAAAGACUGUCUUUUGCUACCAAGUGCCAGUUGGUAGAGCUGGAGACGUUUCUCAGGUCGAGCUAGGUAUCGCAGUUACCAUUCUGUUGUGCUUUGCCUACCUCGUUUAUACGUUGUACAAAUCUGCUAUUCGGUUGGACGACCAAAAACACCCAAAGUCUUCAUAAAUCAUCAUCCCAAAUUCGCUGUAUGUUAUGAUCUCAUGAACAGGAUGUGAACAAAAACAAAUAAUCUAUUGCAGCUACGUAUGAAUGUAGGACAGU